UGCAAAGUGCUGGUCUGCAGUAAAAUAAGGAGUUUGCACUGGAAUGCAAAUCACUGCACUGCUUAUUUCAUUAAGAAAGUCUGAAAAAAAUACAGUGUGUUUAAUGAUGUAGUUGAUUUACUUUCUAGCAAAAUUCUUUAUUUCGUUAUGGCCCUGUUAAACAGUCCACAGAUUGGCAGCAGCAUAUAAAUCAGAUUCUGGGUAGCACUGUCCUAAAGUUAUCUAUUCUCCAUUUAGUAUUCUGGGAAUUGAGUCCAUGUUACCUUGCAAUUUACCCUAGUACAUUUGUGCCCAUUUUGCUUUUUUAGUGAAUAAAUGAACAGCCAUAUUGAAGAUGAAAGAGCAAAAGGGCAUACACUCAAGAUUUAAACUAUGGAAAAAUUUCUUGUUUGUAACCUAUUUAGAUAUUGUAAGAUUAUUGAAGGAACAUUAUUGAAGAUAUGAAUGAUAUUCUGUGUUUCCUUAGGGAAACAGAUUUGAUGACCAAAUAGUUUCUUCUAAUCUUAUGAGACCUAAAUGUUGAAAGUUCAGUAACCCUUUGAAACGAUGAAUGAUCCCAAGACAUUCAGAGAUAAUGCCCGAAGUCUGAGCUGUGGGUUAAAAAAUCUCAAAGUAAAAAAAUGGGUGAAUAAUGGAAAGAUAAUAUAGCCAAAAAAGGCAUAUGCAGUUAGAAAGGAAGAAAAGGCAAAACAAGUUUUAGAAGUCCAUAUUUGAAAUUUAGAAAGCAUUUUAAAUAUAUAUUACCAUAAGAAUUAAUCUUGGUAGUGCUACUAAUAAAAUAUAUAUGAGCUAAUUGUUUAACAUGUUUGUCGAACUUUUAAGAGGAAAAUUUGUUGGAAAUAAACUGAAUUUUACAAAUUGAUAAAAGAAUCACUUUUGAAAUGUAAAAUAAGCAGCCUGAAAAAAAUCCAAAUGAAUUAUAGUACCUUAUCUAUAAUUUGUGACUGAACCAUCAGUCAAUCUUGGAUUAUUCAGCAUUUUGAGGCAGAAUGGUAUAAUAGAAACAGCUUCAGUUUUUCAGUCAGAGAUAUACCAACAUUCUAGUUUUGCUACUUAGUAACUACAUGACUCUCUGUGUUUCCUCAUCUGUAAAAUGAUAAUAAUAAUACCUAUAUUUCAAGAUUGUUAAAAUUAGAAAAAUUAGAUGUGUAUAAAAUACCUGUCCCUAAUCCAUAGGAGGAGGUCAAUAAAUGGAAGGUAUAAACAUCUAUUUAGCCAGAUAAAUGAUGUGUGAUGAUGUUGGGGGCUAAGGAGAUCAUUCUCUUUAUCUCAGAUCUUAGAACAUCUGAAACUGGAAUUGUAAUUUGAGAUGUCUGUGGGGUACUCUUUUAGAAAGCAGUUGGUGUUUGGAAGGUGGUAAUGACAGGAACAGAGGAGGAAAGUAAAUGACCUUGUACUCUUUUGUCCUACAUUUAUAUCUGUGGGCUGUACCCUUUAUCUUCCUUCCAUUUUGUUGUGCCCAAUUUCAAGGAUCUCACAAUCAAACAAUUCACACAAUGGAAUUUAAACUGAGCCAUUAUCUGGAUAUUGUGGAAGUAAACAUUGCUCACCAGAUCUCUCUACGUUCAGAAGCAUUUUUUCAUGCAAUGACCUCUCAACACGAGUUGCAGGACUACCUCAAGAAAACUUCCCAGGCUGUAAAAAUGCUUCGAGAUAAAAUUGCACAGAUUGAUGAAGUAAUGUGUGAAGGAUCACUCCACAUUUUAAGACUGGCACUUACCAGAAAUAAUUGUGUUAAAGUAUACAAUAAGCUGAAGUUAAUGGCCACUGUACACCAGACUCAGCCUACAGUACAGGUGUUAUUAUCUACUUCUGAAUUUGUUGGAGCAUUGGACUUAAUAGCAACAACGCAAGAGGUUCUACAGCAGGAACUUCAGGGCAUUCACAGUUUCCGGCAUUUGGGAUCACAGCUUUGUGAAUUAGAAAAACUGAUAGAUAAAAUGAUGAUCGCAGAGUUUUCUACUUAUUCUCACAGUGACUUAAAUAGACCACUGGAAGAUGACUGUCAAGUUUUAGAAGAGGAAAGACUAGUAUCUCUUGUAUUUGGACUUUUAAAACAAAGAAAGCUUAAUUUUUUAGAAAUCUAUGGUGAAAAAAUGAUUAUUACAGCAAAGAAUAUCAUUAAACAGUGUGUGAUUAAUAAAGUUUCACAAACAGAAGAAAUAGACACAGAUGUUGUUGUGAAGCUUGCAGAUCAGAUGAGAAUGUUGAAUUUUCCCCAGUGGUUUGAUCUGCUCAAGGAUAUUUUCUCUAAGUUUACAAUUUUCCUACAGAGAGUGAAGGCAACAUUAAAUAUCAUUCACAGUGUUGUUCUCUCAGUUCUUGACAAAAACCAAAGGACUAGAGAAUUGGAAGAGAUUUCACAACAGAAGAAUGCUGCAAAAGAUAAUUCACUGGACACAGAGGUGGCUUAUUUAAUCCAUGAAGGCAUGUUUAUAAGUGAUGCAUUCGGUGAGGGUGAGCUAACACCUAUAGCAAUUGACACUACCUCUCAAAGAAAUGCAUCUCCAAAUAGUGAGCCCUGCAGCAGUGAUUCUGUAUCCGAGCCAGAAUGUACUACUGAUUCUUCAUCCAGCAAAGAGCACACAUCAUCAUCUGCUAUUCCAGGAGGUGUGGAUAUUAUGGUCAGUGAAGACAUGAAAUUAACUGACUCAGAGCUAGGAAAGCUGGCAAAUAAUAUCCAGGAAUUAUUAUAUAGUGCCUCAGAUAUAUGCCAUGAUCGAGCUGUCAAAUUUCUCAUGUCAAGAGCAAAGGAUGGUUUUCUUGAGAAGCUAAAUUCCAUGGAAUUCAUAACACUUUCUAGAUUAAUGGAAACAUUCAUUUUAGACACCGAACGGAUCUGUGGAAGAAAAAGCACGUCAUUACUUGGAGCACUUCAGAGCCAAGCUAUUAAGUUUGUAAACAGGUUUCAUGAAGAGAGAAAAACCAAGCUCAGCCUCCUCUUAGACAAUGAGCGCUGGAAGCAAGCAGAUGUUCCUGCAGAAUUUCAGGAUCUUGUUGAUUCUCUAUCAGAUGGGAAGAUUGCUUUACCUGAAAAAAAAUCAGGUGCCACAGAAGAAAGGAAACCAGCUGAAGUUCUUAUUGUCGAGGGACAACAGUAUGCAGUUGUUGGAACCGUAUUGCUGUUAAUAAGAAUUAUCCUUGAAUAUUGCCAGUGUGUGGAUAACAUCCCAUCUGUUACUACUGACAUGCUUACUCGUCUGUCAGAUUUAUUGAAGUACUUCAAUUCAAGAAGUUGCCAGUUAGUUCUUGGAGCUGGUGCACUGCAAGUUGUUGGACUAAAAACGAUAACUACAAAAAAUUUGGCUCUUUCUUCACGAUGUUUGCAGUUAAUUGUGCACUACAUUCCUGUGAUCCGGGCUCAUUUUGAAGCUCGACUACCACCUAAGCAAUAUAGCAUGCUUAGGCAUUUUGAUCAUAUCACUAAGGACUACCAUGAUCACAUAGCUGAAAUAUCAGCUAAGCUUGUAGCGAUAAUGGAUAGCUUAUUUGACAAGCUGUUAUCUAAGUAUGAGGUGAAGGCUCCCGUUCCUUCUGCCUGUUUCAGGAAUAUUUGUAAGCAAAUGACAAAAAUGCACGAAGCUAUAUUUGAUCUCCUUCCAGAAGAACAAACACAGAUGUUAUUUUUAAGAAUUAAUGCAAGUUAUAAACUCCACUUGAAAAAGCAGUUAUCUCACUUAAAUGUGAUAAAUGAUGGAGGACCUCAAAAUGGGUUGGUCACAGCAGAUGUAGCUUUUUACACUGGAAAUCUUCAAGCCUUAAAAGGCCUUAAAGAUUUGGACCUAAAUAUGGCUGAAAUUUGGGAGCAGAAGAGGUGAUGUCAUACUGGAAAACUGGGUAGUUCAUCUGACCAUGGAAUGCAUUUGUUAUGAAGAAAAUCUGGAUGCCUGUGAUUCGAGAAUUGAACCUGAAACCCAAAGUGAACUGGGGUGGGGGAAGGGAAAAAGGAAAGUAUCAGUGUUGGGAAACUGGAUUCAGUGGGAUCUACAAGGAAUGUCAUUUUUGUGCAUCCUACAGCAAGGAGUAACUGAUCAGGUGUCUAUAACAUUUUUCAUUCUCUCUGGAAACAGACUCAGGUUUCUUUGGACCAAAUCCAAAAGAACACAUAGCUGUAACACAGCUGUAGUUGACUAGAAUGCUCUGUAUACUUUAUAUUAAAAAAUGCUUUGCAUUUCUUCCAGUGCAAUGAAAUUCAUAUGGUGUCCCACCUUAUUUAAUGAUGGUACAAUUUAAAAUCUUAAAAUCUUAGUCAACUUCUGUAGAAAGUUUUCUCUAUGAAAGUAAAGCUGUUUGAAAAAUUAUUUUUUUACAGAUCUUUCUAUAAAAAAUAAACAUCUUUUGAUUGCUUGGAUUUAGGAAUUCAAUUUUUGUUUCAGUGACCAAUGUCAAGUUGCAGGCUUUGUGUGUUGCAUAUUUAAUAUUUCUACUACCACCGUAUGUCAACUGGGUAAAGCCUUCCAGAGCUGUCUAAAUACCUGAAAGACUUUUUUUAAGUAAUAUUUAAAAAAAAAAAAAAAAAGAUACUGGCAUCUAUUUAUGCAACUAAAUACUUUUCAGAAAUGGUAUAUAAAAGGCUACAGUUUAAUAUCUGUAUUUUUAUAAAAGUAUGAAGGGUUUGGGGUGUUUUUAUUUGUAGCAGAGGUAAGAAUAUGUAUUCAUAUAAUCUGCCUACUUUUGAGUUCUCAUAUUAACAUUUAGAUAACAUAUGAAGUAUGGCCCCCUCGUAUCCUUGUUUUUAAGUUACUUUCGAUGUGUAUAUGAACAAAGACCAGGGAGAAACAGAACUUUUAAAACUAUAGGCUGCUGUGUUGGGGCCAGAAAUAAGGUGACAAGUAAAGACUUUUAUAAUACCUACCUUCAAAAUUAGAAUCAGCAGCACUCUACAAAUAAAGUGCCUGUGCUUCACCUCACACCAAGAAUCUUGCCUAACCCUGUCAGAGUGCCUAAUAUCCUGUGGUGAUGAUGUAUAAUGAAACAGUCUUAUUUUGCGCUCUUUGGUUUCUUAAAAGGAAAGCUUGUUUUCUUUCCUUUAUCAUUACAGAGGUAUGUCUUUGGUUCUUAAACUGUCUAAAAUAAAGCUGUAAAAAAUUAA